ACAACAAGAUACUGUGGAUAAAAUAGACGAAAAAAAAGGUCGUCAAAGCUGCCCGAGGGAAACUGAAAGCGUCAACACAAGUUCCGAAUUGGAGGCCUGACUAGGGUUUCUCCUCGGCCCGCCAAUUUUACUCGUCAUCUCGUUCCUCCUUUGACAACAUCCUAACUGGAUCUCGAUCCGAUUCCCCAUUCCCGAAUCGGGUCAUAUUGGAUUCGCCAGCAUUGCCGACGUCAAUGGCGUCGUCGAAGCCUCUGCCUUCGGCCUCUGCCGACGCAUCGGACUCUCCCAACGGCCAAUCGACAAAGAGGGAGCAAGACACAGGUUGUACUCCUAAGGACGUGCAAUCGGUUAUUGAUUCCUUGAAAAAACAAGUUGCUGCUGAGAGGGGCAUUUCCAUAAAGAAAACAAUGGAAGAAAGUAAAGCAAAGCUGGUCGUUGUUACAAACCACCUCCACAAGUUAUCCAUGGAAAGAAGAUCCUGCAGCAGUACUGGCACACAGAGAAGUCUGGACCUACUGACCAGGAGGCAACAAGAUGCAAUUGCUAUGCACAAUGAUAUUCAUGCAAGUAAAGGAGAUAAGGAGAGCAAUGGCUAUCAUGAGGAUAACCAUGCUUCUACAGCUGUUCUUCUAGGUUCUAAUGUGGCUGUAAAAAAUGCUGUUCGUCCUGUUAAACUACCUGAAGUAAAAAGAUUACCUCCUUACACUACAUGGAUUUUUCUGGACAGAAAUCAAAGAAUGACUGAGGAUCAGUCAGUAGUAGGUCGAAGGCGAAUUUAUUAUGAUCAAAAUGGUGGAGAAGCACUUAUUUGCAGUGAUAGUGAGGAGGAGAUGGUAGAGGAAAAAGAAGAAAGAGAAUUUGUAGAAUCAGAAGAUUAUAUACUUUGCAUGACUGUCAAAAAAUUUGGCUUGUCUGAUCUUGUUUUGGAAUCACUGGCCCGGUGUUUUUCUAGAAACGCUUGUGACAUUAAGGCAAGAUAUGAUGUUAUCAGCUCAAACAAUGCUGAAAAGAGUUCUCAAGGUGGAAAUUCGUUUCUGGACAAGGAUCUUGAAGCAGCUCUUGAUUCCUUUGAUAACCUCUUUUGUCGACGAUGUCUUCAGGCUUUCGAUUGUAGAUUGCAUGGUUGUUCACAGGAUCUCAUCUUUCCUGCUGAGAAACAACCUGCAUGGAUGCCUCCUGAUGCUGAAAAUGCACCAUGUGGACCAAAUUGUUUUCAGUUGGUGCUGAAAUCUGAAAGAUUUGCCAAAGUGGUCUCUUCUGCCCCGGGCGAUGUUGAAGAGAAAUGCUCAAGUGGUGCUGGGGUGCAAAAAUCAUCUAAGAAGUUGUGUACUCCAUCUGCUAGAAGGCGAAUGAAGUGCAGCCGAAGUGAAAGUGCUUCCUCAAAUGCAAAGAAUAUAUCUGAGAGUAGUGACUCAGAGAAUGGCCCAGGGCAGAAUAAUGCUUCACCUUCCCAGUCAAUACCUAAAACUAAAGCUACAGGGAAAAGCGGAGUUAGUAAGAGGAACAGUAAGCGAGUGGCAGAACGUGUUCUAGUUUGCAUGCAGAAGAGGCAGAAGAAAACAGUUGUGUCUGAUUCUGAUUCCAUUGGUGAAGCUCUUGAUCAUUCAUCGAAUGAGAUGAUUCCUGACCCCCCAGUCACAAGUAGUGAUGAGAACCUGAGGAAAGAAGAGUGUGUAAAUGAGAAUAUGUGCAAUCAAGAAUUCACUGAUAUUAAAUCGUGGAAAACUCUUGAAAAAGCUCUUCUAGAUAAAGGGGUGGAAAUAUUUGGUAGAAACAGCUGUUUAAUAGCGAGGAAUCUCUUGACUGGUCUGAAGACAUGUUGGGAGGUUUUCCAGUAUAUAAAUUGCAACGAGGGAAAGAUGCCAGGUCCUGUUGGUGAUGCUGCAAAUUCCCUUCUGGAUGGCUAUUCUAAGGGUAACAAUGAACUGAGACGAAGAUCAAGGUUUUUACGUAGAAGAGGAAGAGUCCGUCGAUUGAAGUAUACCUGGAAAUCUGCUGCAUAUCAUUCAAUCAGGAAGAGGAUUACAGAGAGAAAGGAUCAGCCAUGUCGUCAAUAUAACCCAUGUGGUUGCCAAUCAGCUUGUGGAAAGCAGUGUCCCUGUCUUCAAAAUGGAACCUGCUGUGAGAAGUACUGUGGAUGCCCCAAAAGUUGCAAGAAUAGAUUUCGUGGCUGUCAUUGUGCUAAGAGCCAAUGCCGAAGUCGACAAUGCCCAUGCUUUGCUGCAGAUAGGGAAUGUGAUCCUGAUGUUUGUAGGAAUUGCUGGGUUGGCUGUGGUGAUGGCACUCUUGGGAUUCCUAGCCAAAGGGGUGAUAAUUAUGAAUGUAGGAAUAUGAAACUUCUUCUCAAACAGCAGCAAAGGGUUCUUCUUGGAAGGUCUGAUGUAUCUGGAUGGGGAGCCUUCUUAAAGAACAGUGUCGGGAAGCAUGAAUACCUUGGAGAGUAUACUGGAGAGUUAAUUUCGCAUAGGGAGGCAGAUAAACGUGGAAAGAUAUAUGAUCGUGAGAAUUCAUCGUUUCUCUUUAAUCUGAAUGAUCAGUUUGUUCUUGAUGCUUAUCGGAAGGGUGACAAAUUGAAGUUUGCCAAUCAUUCUCCUGAUCCAAAUUGCUAUGCAAAGGUUAUAAUGGUCGCUGGGGAUCACAGGGUAGGCAUUUUUGCUAAGGAACGGAUUAAUGCCGGGGAGGAACUGUUUUAUGAUUAUCGCUACGAACCAGAUAGGGCUCCUGCCUGGGCUCGGAAGCCUGAGGCAUCUGGCUCAAAAAAAGAGGAUGGUGCUCCUUCAAGUGGUCGUGCAAAGAAGCUUGCUUAAUGGGAGGGAAUUUGUUUUCUUAUGAGAAAGAAAUCCAAAUUCAAUUCUUUCGUUAUUCUUUGGGUAGGUAGAGGAAUCAAUCUCAAUUCACAGGUAACUUUACAUUGUAAAGAAACCAUUUUCAUAUCAAUCUGCUGAAUUAACUACCUCGGAUGGAAGAUGCAAGCUUUGCAGAAUCUAAUAUAUAAAUCUUUGGAAUGUGUCAGGCCUGUCGCGGGUAUCCAGAAAUGUUUUAACUUACAGCUAAUCUGAUAGUUGAUCUAAUUUUGAUUUUAGUUCU